AUGCGAGCUACUCGAUUCGGACUGCGUGUUGCACUAUGCGCAACCUCUCUCAUUGUUUUUGGCUGUUACCUACUGCAGGCGCACCUGCGGGAAAUCUGCACUCAAUAUCGUGCCGGUCAAUACUUGGCUGAUUGGCUGGACCGUUCUACAACUACAACCCCGCGUCCCCACUACAAUGCUAUUCCUGAAGACAAGGUCAUUGUCAUGGCCAAGUUGAAUGAAGAGAAUACUGAUUGGGUUGCAACCGAGCUUCCAGAUUGGCAACGCGCUAUCUACACUGUUAAUCCAACCCAAGAACUACGAAAUGAUGAUAACGUUCUCACGACACCAAUCAACAAAGGCAAUGAGGCAAUGGCCUACCUCACCUACGUAAUAGACCAUUACUACGUCCUCCCCUCAACAAUAGCAUUCCUCCACUCCCACCGCGCAGGCUUCCUAAUGGCAUGGCACGUCGACGCCCCAUUGCACGACAACGUCAACGCAAUGCGCAUGCUGCAACUCGACUUCGUGCAGAAGAACGGCUACGCCAAUCUACGCUGCAACUGGAAUCCAGGCUGUAUGGAAAGCGGCCGCGUAAACCGCCAUGUCACCAGCGAGGUUUGGUGGGAAAUCUUCGUUGGAACGAGCACACCACCGCUAAACCAGUCUUCGCCAUUUGAAACUGAGACUUCCGGGCAGAAGUAUUUGCAUCCUCCUACUCAUAUUGCUGCGGCUUGUUGUGCGCAGUUUGCUGUUACGAAGGAUCAGGUGCGGAAGCGGCCUCGAGACGAUUAUGUCAAGUUUCGCCAGUGGCUUAUCGAGACUGAAUUGAAGAAUGCAAAGUCUGGGAGGGUUAUGGAGUAUUUGUGGCAUAUCAUUUUCAACAUGGAUGCGGUGUAUUGCCCUGAUGAGGAGCUUUGCUAUUGCCAGGUCUAUGGGAAAUGCUAA